AGAAAAGUACGUUUUGUUUCAAAAACCCUCCAAUUCCAAUCCGCGAGAGUUUCCCUCUCCGAGAAGCACGGCGGUUUGUGAGUUGGGAGUAUGUAAAGGGGACCUUCACUGAACUGUAAUACGGAACCGUUUACCUAUUCCAGCUCAGCGUCGCUACUAUCUCUGCGAAAAUGGAUAGGAGGCUCAACGGACCAGCCACCACUCCCUCCAGCUCCGGCGGCGCAACCGCCACAGCAAGAUCUUCGUCCCGAAAGCUGCAACCGAACUACAGUAGUCCAUUUGUUCAGGCUACAUUGGAACGCUUGGCAUCUAUUGAUCUAAUUGAGUUGUGGAAAGAAGCCAAAGUUGAGCACUGCCGAGCAACUAGAGACUUGAGAAGCUGUGGUCGUUAUGUCCUUCACUUGUUGAAUUCAUGUGGGCAUGCUUCUUUAUGUGAAGAAUGUAGUCAACGGUGUGAUAUCUGCCCAAUAUGCAGAAUCCCAAUUCCAAAGGGUGGUGAUAGACUGCGUCUCCGACUUUAUUACGAAUGCAUAGAAGCUGGCCUUAUUUCCAAAAGGUGUGAUGAGAGAUUUCAAGAAAUAGAAGAUGGGGAGAAACAGCGUCUUUAUUCUUUGUUUGACGUUGCACUUGAGAAUAACUUGGUUUCUUUAAUUUGCCACUACAUCACAGAUGUAUGUAUGGAUGAAACUGCCGGUUCCAGUGAUCCAGUUAUAGCAUUUUUGUUGGAUGAAGUGGUAGUGAAGGAUUGGUGCAAGAGGACAUUCACAAAUAUCAUAGCUGAACUACAGGGAAUUUAUAAUCUUGAUGUUUUUCAAAUGAAAGAGAAAUUGAGUUCACUUCUGAGAUUUUCAUUACACUUGAAAGGCAUAUCAAAUGUGCUAGACAUUUUGGAGUCAUCUUUUAAGGGUACUCUUUCAGCACAACUUCAUGAUUUGCAUCAUCUCCAAGAGAGCGUGUUAAAGACAAAGCAGCAUCUGGAGAUUAUUGUCUGGUGUACAAGACAUUAUUUUUUGGAGAAUGUGAGAUCUCGUUUUACCGAUAGUUCAUCAUGGGCUUCAGAUGUCCGCAGACGGAAAUCAGAAGCAAUUAGACGUGCUUGGCCUGAUGCAAUAAGUCAAUCUGUGGAGUCAACAGGACAUGUUGGAUCUCUAUUUAUUGAAGAUGCAUUGAAUAAUCUUGAUUUAGAGGAGGGCUUAAUACAGGGAGGUGAUGUUGCAUCCUUGCAGAAGGAUGGACCAUUGGUUUUCCAGUCUGAUACUGAUCGGGUGUUGGGUUGCUAUCCAUUCAAAAAUCUCCAUGCUGCUGCUGACUUACUCUUUUUACGUGGAAGUUCUGAUGUUGUGCUUGCCAAACAAGCAAUCUUUCUGUAUUAUUUGUAUGAUCGUCACUGGACAAUUCCUGAUGAAGAAUGGAGGGAGUUAAUAGAGGACUUUGCAGUGACAUUUAAUAUUAGCAGGCAUUCAUUACUUGAGUCUUUUACUUUUUAUCUCCUGGAUGAUGAUACUGAGGAGGCUUUACAGGAAGCUUGUCGCCUUCUUCCUGAAAUUUCUGGUGCAGCAUCACACCCUAAAAUUGCUGAAGUACUGUUAGAAAGGAAUAGCCCUGAUACAGCUCUGAUGGUUUUAAGGUGGGCUGGUCGUGAUGGUGGGCCUCGUAAUAUUUCACUUAGAGAUGCUGUCACUGCAGUGCGGGUAAGGAUCGAGUGUGGACUUCUGACUGAAGCAUUUAUGCAUCAGAGGAUUCUCUGCACAAGAGUGAAAGAAAAGAGUUUCAAUAAAGGAGCACCUUUGGAGACUGCUGAUAUACCAAAAGGGCAAUUUAGUAAUUGGGUGGAGGUCUUGGUAACCGAGAUUUGUUGCCUCUGUAUUAGGAGGAACUUAGUGGAUCGAAUGCUAGAAUUGCCAUGGAAUUCUGAUGAAGAGAAAUAUAUACACAAGAGUCUUUUGGAUUGUGCUACUGAAGAACCCCCGAGGACUACUGGAAGUCUUCUUGUUGUUUUUUAUAUGCAGCGUUACAGAUACUCUGAAGCAUACCAAGUUCAUAUUCAACUUGAAAAGCUGGAGCAAGAUGCCAUUUCAAAAGGUUCUAUCCAAGAAGAAUUUCUACCAAGAUUAGAAACAGUUAGUUGCUGGAGGACCAAAUUGAUUAAUAGGUGCUUGGAGUUGCUUCCAGAAGUUGAGCAGCAACAACUGAGAAGUGGAAACUUGACUGAAGGUGGUAUUACUUCUCAUGAAGAAGUUACAAUUCCUGCUAAGAUUGAUGUUCCUCGGACUCGGGAAUCCCGGUCAACGAGUCUAUUGAUUCCCUCAUCCACAGAUUCUUCCGACAUGCUGCAUGGAGAUCAUACAUUUGGUUUGUUGAGUUCAUCGACUUUAGGAACUUCAACCAAAUUAGGCAUGCCUUUUCCUACUAUUGGGCCCGAAUUUGGUAAUUUUGGCACCCCAUCAGAUCGUCAUGAAGGAUUAAUCCCUAGUAACAUGAGGUUUUCAAAUAAUCAAGGUAAAAGUGGCAAAAUCCCUAGGUACGAUCACACUCCAACUCCAAAGAAUCAUAGGAUCCGUUUCAUGAAUGAUUCAGCUCUGAAGGGUGCUAACAAAACAUCACCAAACAAUUCCCAAGAAAAUAUGCGGGACAAAAUGUCACCAGAUGAACGGAGUGCGCUUUUUAGCCAUACUAAAAAAGCCAGUCCUAUGUACUCCUUGAAGGCUUCAGCCAGCCCCGUUAUUGGAUCCAUGCACAGCCAUUCCAAAGAAUUUGCUGAUAACUUUCCUAAUAUAUCUAGUAAGAGUGUCCAAUCACAUAAAGGUGAUAGAAGUUGGAAUGCAGCGUCUGCUAAUGAUCCAAUGGACGUCUCUUGGAGCCAUACGGAGACGAGAUUAGAUGCCAGAGAAAAUAUCAAUGGUGGACCUAGGUGGAGAUCUGACGAAACCAGCGAUGAAGAGGAGCAGGGUCUGGAAAGAGCUAUGGAUAUAGUUUACCAUGCAACUCCAACUAGAACAAAUAGGCGAAGCAGGUUUACCAAGAGAUGAGACUACAUUUCUGAGAAAAAAGGGGUUUCUUGUAUUUUUUUCCUGGAUAGAAACAGGGAAAGACCAGCGAAAGAGAGUUAUUUUCAGUUCAGAUUUGUAUCUUAAAGGAGUUUUUACUUGGACAUUUACGCUGGUCUUAGUUGUGCAGCUAAUAUUUCGAUGAAGGAAAUGUUAGUCUUAAAUAGUA